UCUCGGCCAGCAGGGGGCGACCAAGAGCGUAUGUUUGUUUACAUGUAGCCUCGUUAGCAUUAGCUUCUGCCGGGCGAAAAGGUGCGCUAACUUCGCUAUAAUUGUGACCGUAUUUAUUGUAUUCGUCCUGUUAUUAGCUCAUAUUUAAGCACAAUUAUUGUUUUUUUCAUGGGCACUUAUUGAAUAUUAAGGGAGGUUAAACAACGUUAGUCUUCGCUGUUGGCCUUCUAAUGUGUCAAACGCACGUUUUAGCUGACAGAACACGUUGUAAGUCAAUUAAGGUUGUGAUGACAAAACAAAAGAUGUGUUUUAAGACAAGUCGGCAAUUAAAAUGAGUACAUUUGAUGGUACAGAAGAUAGCAGCACUAAUGUGCUGUAAACGUCAAAGACUAUGAGGAAGUCACACAAGAAAAAUAACAGAGCAGCGGGAGAUGCAGGUCUGGCCAAUAGGAGCCAGCCCUCCGGGUCACAUGACCAUCCAGGAAGUGAGAGUAAUGCCGAAGAUGGAGUCCCUCCCUCUGACCAGCAGAGGGCAGCGGAGCUCGGUGACGCCAACAGGACUGCCGAGCUCCACAGUGCGGGCUCACUCAAGGUCACCAUCCAGCAGAGCAGCGACAGUCGCGAGUUCCCACAAAAGGACGCGACGGACGACAGACCUCACUGUCACGUGUGCGGCGUCACCUGUCCCUCCUGGCAGGUGUUCGAGGAGCACAUGGCCGGAUCGGAUCACAUGACCAAAGUGAAGGAGAUCACACGCUCCAUCACGCUCAUGAGCAGGAGGGGUCGCUGGUGUGACACGUGUCAGACGCACUACAGCGGUGACGUCAUCCUCCACCGCCGAUCCAAGCAACACAAAGUGUGUAAGCGGGAGUCGCGGCCCUUCUGUGCGGCGUGCAGGCGUCACUUCAAGUCUCCCAGGAAGUUGGUGGAACACAUGAAAUGUGCGGCGCACAAGCGACAGGUGCAGGAGACCCUGGAGGAGGAGGAGGAGCUUAUCACAGUGGACGCCAUUGGCUGCUUCGAGGAGGAAGUGAAGCAGGAAGUACCCCACCCGGACAGGAAGUCACUUCAAUCCGCCCAUUUUUUCCCGCUGAUCCGGGUCGCGGGUUUGGUGGGGAAGCCCAGACUUCCUGCUGAGGCUGAGGCGGACCCGGUCCAGCUGUGAGACCUGGUCCCUCCACAUGUCCCAGGUCUACCGACAAGGGCCUACCAGGUACCACCUGGCGUCCGGGCUAGAGCACUAGAGACUAGUCAGAGAACCAGAAGCAGGGUUUACAGCUGUGUGGUCGGGGGUCAUGUAGGCACAGACGUGGGGCCAAGUCUGUGGGCGGGGCUUGCAGGCAAAGGGGUCCAACCUGCACCCACCUGUAAAAACUUUGUAUUCAUUUUAACGCUGAAUUGACUCAGAAUGUUAAGAAAAGUAUUUGAUAAGCGGUAGAAAAUGGAUGGAUGGAUGGACUUUGAAUCCUUUCUGAAUGGAGUACGUCAUCCAAUAGAAUCCUGAGUUUCACUUCCCUGCAGACUGACACAGCACGUGUGUGGAUUCAUGUUCAGCACGCACAGGAAUCAAACUCGAGGACCUUUCUGACGGAAUUUUAUAACAGCCGAUUCCAAGCAUGAAUGAAACAGCAUGGCGUUGUACCUUCUUCAGCAGAGAGUGAGAAACAAGCUUGUGUUGUUGAGAAGUUUACCUCAAAUGUGGUGAUAUCUUACAGCUAACAAUUCUCCACGGUAGGUAGAUUGCCUCCAAGGUCUUGUCUUACCGUACAAUAAAUCAUACCACAGUAGCAUAAAAAUGGCACCUGUAGAUGUCAAUCAAAAACAAGUAUUUGCAAACUUGUACACGUUGUAAACCUGCAACACUUGGCUAUGAUGUCGGGGAUAAUGUGAGUAUCACGAUACUUUUCGCAAGGGGUAUGGACAAACAUUCACGGAGGAAUAUUUCACAAUUACUGAACGCCUAGCUAGAAAGCCAGCGGACUAUAGGAUCAAAGAUCUAUCUGGAGAAGCCGUAAAAGGUACAUUUUAUGAACCCGAAUUACAGCAGGUGAUCGUAGAUAAAAGAAAGGAAUAUAAAAUUGAAAAAAAUACUUACAAGAAAACAAUUUGGUGGCAAACAGAUGCUCUUUGUAAAAUGGUUAAGGUGGCCCGAAAAGUUCAAUUCUUGGAUAUCUGCCGAACAUGUUUGCUCAACCAUCCCUCAAUCCAUGUCUGUGCUAGACUACAUCGUCUUUUCCUCAUUUAAAAAUCUGUGUCGACAUGGAUCAGAAAGAUUUGCUGCCUGGCAACGCUAGCCAUAGUUAAAGUACCAAUGAUUGUCCCGCACACACUAGGGGUGGCGAGAUUUGUCCGGGUGUGUAUUCUACAAACAAGAUAUGGAAUUAUGUAACAAAAAUGACACACACCUGUCAUUCGGAAUCAACCAUAUCAGGUGAGACUUGUUGAAAUUCAAUUCCCAACGUACAUGGACAACUUUUCCAAAACAGGAUGAAAAAACAUCCGUCCACCCCGCCGUGACGGAUGAUAAGCAAAACGUUGAGCGAUUAAUACUGCCGAGUGGUCAUUAUCAAGAUAUUCAAGAAAUUGCAGAUCAUUUAAAGCAGGGGUCAGCAACCUUUUUGAAAGCAAGAGCUACUUCUUGAUUAAUGCGAAGGGCUACCAGUUUGAUACACACUUAAAUAAAUUGCCAGAAAUAGGCAAUUUGCUCAAUUUACCUUUAACUCUAUGUUAUUAUUAAUAAUGAAGGAUAUUUACACUUAAUUGAACGGUUUAAAAGAGGAGAAAACACGAAACAAAUGACAAUUAAAUUUUGAAACAUAGUUUAUCUUCAAUUUCGACUCUUUAAAAUUCAAAAUUCUACCGAAAA